AUGAAUGUCCAUAUGCCUAUUACAUUCAUUGUUUUGGCUCAUAGACUUCAACUUGCUUUACUUGCAGCUUCUGGAGAAGUAGCUACUGUUCACCAAUUCUUCUCCAAUUUAGUUUUCAUUAUCAACAUUGUUACUGCAUCUAGCAAAUGUAAUGAUGAAUUAAAGGAGGCUCAAGCAAUUGGAGUUGCUACUAAGAUUGCUAAUAGUGAACUUGAAACUGGAAGGGGGCUUAAUCAAAUUGGCACUUUAAAACGAGCUGUAGAUAUUUGUUGGGGUUCUCACUUGGAUUCUAUUUCUAGUUUACUGAAAAUGUUCAAUGCUCCUUGUGUGGCUUUAAGUAACAUUACAGUAGAUGGAGGUUCAUACUCUCAACAUGGAGAUGCAAAUUUUGCUUUGAAUCAGUUGUUAUCCUUUAAGUUUGUUUUCACUUUGCAUCUUAUGAAAGACAUUAUGGAAAUUACUCAUCUUCUUUGUAUAGCAUUGCAAUGUAAAUCUCAAGAUAUUUUGAUUGCAAUGCAUCUUGUCUCAAGCACAACAAAGCUACUGGAGAAUUUUCGAGAUUCGGGAUGUGAUAAUUUCUUGGUGAAAGUUAAAUUAUUUUGUGAGCAACAUCAAAUUGAUAUCCCAUGUAUGAAUGCUCAAUAUAUUGCAAGACGUGGUAGAUCUCAAAGUCAUCAUGAUGAGAUUAGUAUGGAGCAUUAUUAUCGAGUAGAUAUAUUUCUUGCAACAAUUGAUUAUCAAUUGCAAGAAUUACAUAGCAGGUUUAAUGAUCAUAUCGUGGAAUUACUUGCUUUGAGCACUGCUUUAGAUCUUAGAAAUGGAGUUAUGCUGUUCAAGAUUGAUGAUAUUUGUAAACUUGCAGAGAAGUUCUAUCCGAAUGAUUUUAUGGAGCAAGAACUAGUACGUCUCAGCAUAGAACUUCAACAUUUUGAGCUCGACAUUCCAAAUCAUCAUGAAUUGCAAGAAUUAUCUGGUAUUCAUAAGUUAUGUCAAGGCUUGGUGAAGACAAGAAAAUCAGUGAUAUAUCCUCUUAUUAAUAGAUUGAUUACACUUGUUCUUACUCUUCAUGUAUCAAUUGCAACUACAGAGCGGCAUUUUCAAUUAUGA